AUGACUAUGGAUAAUAUCAAAGCCGAUAAUGACAAGAAACCACUCGAUAAAAAUAAGUUUGAUAAACUAGUGGAUUUAAAGUAUAAAUUUGAUGUAUUGACCAAUGAAUUAUUCUAUCUAAAGGAUUAUGUAUCUUUGAUUGAGUAUGAUCCUAGACAAAAGAACGAUACAGACAGUUAUGAUAGAUUCUUGGAGAGAGAAAAUAUUAUGAUCAUUGAAGGUGAUAUUGGGACACUUACUACUAGAGGUAAUAGAGGUAAUAAUAGAAGGUCGUAUAGGCAUCAGUUACGUGCUUCGUCUGUGACACCAUCGGGUUCAUCGGAAAGUCUUGCCAAGAGUUCUCGUGGUCUAGAUAGCAUCGAUCAGUUAGUUCAACAAAAAUUUAAAAUUUUACAGGAUGAUGACACUAAACCAUCGAUAAAAGUUGAACCUAAAGUGUCAAAAAAUACGAUAAAAAAUUUACAAAAGACUAAUAAAGGAGCCACUAAUGGUAUAUUAGCGAAAGAAGAGACUCAAAAACAGAUAUCGAAAAAAGUAUCUAUUAAAGAAGAAAAUAAGACUUCAGAUUUAAAGAGGAAAAGAGGAAAAUAUAAAAAAGAUUCUAUCCUAAAAGAACAAUUUAAAAAAGAUGAAAAUGAAGCAAAAAUUGAAGAAUUAACUUCAUUACAUGAAAUUAAUGAAAACGAUAACGAUGAGUAUUAUUUUACGACCUCUUCUGAAGAAGAUUCUGAAUUGCUAUCUGGAAAGCCACCGACUAAGAAGCCACGUGUGAUUGUAACAUUAUCUAAACCAAAACAAACUAUCACUAAUCCGUCACACGUUGUUGUACCAAAAUUUGAAGGAUUGAAAGAUUAUAUGAAUUCAUUUAAAGCAUUAGACGAAGAUAUGACUCUUACAGAAUAUAAUAGUUUCAUUGACGAACAGAGAAAUUUAGUUAAGGAUAUACGAAAGGGUUUGGAAGCUGGAUUGUUAGCAUAUGAUAUUGAAUCCGAAACAUUUCAACCUGUAGGGAAUAAAAAUUUGAAGAUAACUUCAUCCCACAAACCAGAACCUAUUUCUUACAUUUAUAAAGAACAAAACAAAUAUAGGCAUCAAGAUUAUCUUAUUAAUCAAGGUAUCUUUAUGAGUAAAUUGUUUCAAAAUUCGAAGAAAUCUAGAAUAGCUAGAGCGAAAAAAGUAUCACAAAUGAUUGAACAACAUUUUAAGCAUGUCGCAGGUGCUGAGGAAAGGAAGUUAAGAGAGGAGGAAAAACGUAAAAGAGGGAUAGUUAGGGCCAUAAUUCAAGCUUUGAAGAAAAGAUGGCAUUUGGCUGAGAGAGCUUAUAGGGUUUUGAGAAAAGAUGAAGAAGAACAAUUGAAAAGAAUUCAAGGUAAGAAACAUUUAUCUAAGAUUUUAGAAAGAAGUACUCAAUUAUUGGGAGCUCAACUUAAUCAAGGACAAGAUAGUGACGAUGUGGGAUCUGAAAAUAGUGGAAGCACUUCGGAUGCAUCUGAUUUAAGUAUAAAUUCCCGUGAUAGUGAUGAUAAUUUAUCAUCAUCUAGUGAAGAAGAUAACGAAAAUGAAGUCAACAGCAUAAUAGAGGAUAUCCCAAAUAUCCCACCUUCUAAAUCUGAUGAUGAUAACUUAACUGUGGAGGAGCUCCGGAGUCGAUAUGAAAGUAUUGACAAUAUUGAGAACUCAGAUGAUACUUCUUAUCAUUCAGUGGAAGAUGAAGAAGUCGACAAUGAAAAUGAUUUGGUCAUUGAAGAUCCCGCUGUUAGUCAUGGGAACGCAGGCUUAGAAGACUUGUUUACAAAGAACUACAGUGACAAUAACGAGGGAAACGAAUCUUCGGAUGAAAGUGGCGAUUAUGAAAUGAGUGACAGUGCGGAUAGCCUUAACCUCUCUGAUAGUGAUGAUGAACAAGAAGUGAAAUCAGAUACAGAAAGUAUUCAAGGUCCUACGGAAGGAAAUAAAAUUGAUGAUGAGCCAGAUAUGAUCGAACCUCCGUCUGAACAGUUGAGCGUGGUUGAUGUUCCAGUUCCUCCAUUGCUUCGAGGAACUUUAAGAAUUUAUCAGAAACAGGGUCUUAAUUGGUUAGCUUCACUUUAUAAUAACAAUACGAAUGGUAUUUUGGCAGACGAAAUGGGGUUAGGUAAAACUAUUCAAACAAUAUCGUUACUUGCAUGGUUGGCUUGUGAGAAGGAAAAUUGGGGGCCCCAUUUGAUUGUUGUACCUACAUCUGUUCUAUUAAAUUGGGAAAUGGAAUUCAAAAGGUUCGCUCCUGGUUUGAAAGUUUUGACUUACUAUGGUACUCCACAACAAAGAAAGGAAAAGAGGAAAGGGUGGAAUAAACCUGAUGCGUUCCACGUUUGUAUAGUAUCCUAUCAACUAGUGGUUCAAGAUCAACAUUCUUUCAAGAGAAAGAAGUGGGAGUAUAUGAUAUUGGACGAGGCCCACAACAUUAAAAAUUUCCGUUCAACCAGAUGGCAAGCAUUGCUAAAUUUUAAUACUAGAAGGAGAUUAUUACUUACUGGUACACCGUUACAGAACAAUUUAGCCGAGCUUUGGUCAUUAUUAUACUUUCUGAUGCCGCAAACAGUGAUUGACGGUCAAAAGGUUUCAGGGUUUGCUGAUCUGGAAGCGUUUCAGCAAUGGUUUGGGCACCCUGUAGACAAAAUUAUAGAAACAAAUGGUGGUGUUCAAGAUGAAGAAACUAAAAAAACUGUUACUAAAUUGCAUCAAGUUUUACGUCCUUAUCUUUUGAGAAGAUUAAAAGCCGAUGUUGAGAAACAAAUGCCUGCAAAAUAUGAACAUAUUGUAUAUUGUAGGCUAUCGAAAAGACAGAGGUAUUUGUAUGAUGAUUUUAUGGCAAGAUCAAAAACGAAAGAGACUUUAGCUAGUGGUAAUUUCAUGUCUAUUGUUAAUUGUUUGAUGCAACUGAGAAAAGUAUGUAACCAUCCGGAUUUAUUUGAAGUCAGGCCAAUUUUGACUUCUUUCGAAAGUGAUAGUUCUGUUAUGAACGAUUUUAGUAUGAUCAACAAGAUGGUUACAAGAAUGGUAAACAUGAAUGACUUUAAUAAGAAAAUAAACUUUGAAACUCUCGGCCUGGAAUUCUCUCAAAAUGACAGGGCUCUAUCGUCCCAUAUAUCAAAUGAGGUAUCGAAAUUGAACUGUGGUUAUAAAUUUAAGAAUAGCGCAGAAUCUCUAGCGCACCGUAUUACAAAGAAAGGGGUAGCAAAGACCAAUGAUAGUUCUUAUCAAAAUGCAAAUAAAUUUUUCCUUGAUUUUGGCGAACAAAAGGUGCAAAGAAACAUUGACUUCCUAAAUUUUCAACAGUACAUAAAUGAAUUGAGGUGUAAUAAACGUCCUGUUUAUGGACAGAAUUUGAUCAAUCUACUAACACUUCCCGAUAAAUUAAAAAGUGAAGCUGUUGACCCCCUGAUUAAACCAUUGCAAACAAGAUUUACCAGUGAUAAGAACAUUAUUGAUAAUUUUGCAGUUUUGACGCCCAAAGCCGUGACAUUAGAUAACCGUACGUUAGCUGUUGGCCUAAAUGAUGAUAGUACAAUUGACGUACCGACAAAAAAUAUUAUGACUGAAAAAUUACAUAACAUUGACAAUCCAUUUCAUCAUUUACAAACAAAGUUGACGAUUGCAUUCCCCGAUAAAUCUCUUCUUCAAUAUGAUUGUGGUAAACUUCAAAAAUUGGCUCUUUUAUUGCAAGAAUUGAAGGAUCAUGGACAUAGAGCUUUAAUUUUUACCCAAAUGACUAAAGUGUUAGAUAUCCUCGAACAAUUUUUAAACUAUCAUGGUUAUCUAUACAUGAGAUUAGAUGGUGCAACUAAAGUUGAAGAUAGACAAAUAUUAACCGAAAGAUUCAAUAGCGAUGAUAGAGUGACCGUUUUUAUUCUUUCGAGUAGAUCGGGUGGUUUAGGUAUUAAUUUAACAGGUGCCGAUACGGUCAUAUUCUAUGAUUCGGAUUGGAAUCCGGCAAUGGAUAAACAAUGUCAAGAUCGUUGCCAUCGUAUUGGUCAAACAAGAGAUGUUCAUAUUUAUAGAUUUGUGAGUGAACAUACCAUUGAAAGUAAUAUUCUAAAAAAAGCAAAUCAAAAACGUCAACUUGAUAAUGUUGUUAUUCAAGAAGGUGAUUUUACCACUGACUAUUUUGGUAAAUUGUCUAUCACAGAUUUACUUGGAGCAGAAACAACAGCUAACCCAAAUAUGGCGAGCCAACCAUUAUUCAAGAAUGGAGACGAAAUGUCGAAGAAUCCUCGUGACUUAGAGAAGAUGCUUGCACAAGCGGAAGAUGCAGAUGAUGUAAAGGCUGCUAAUUUAGCAAUGCAGGAAGUGGAAGUUGAUGAUGAAGAUUUUUCUGAAAACCCUGAUGCAAAAAAUAACGUUAAGGAUGAAAAGGAUGAAUAUGAAGGAACCCUUCAUGUUGAAGAAUAUAUGAUCCGGAUGAUAGCUAAUGGUUUCUACUAUUAA